AAAACACAGACCUGGCAACCCGGCCGGCCAAUGCACCUUGAGCUUUUACGAGUUGUAAAAACGCUGUCAGCGCGCACAGGACGCGCCUUCAAUGAAGGCGUCUCCGUCACUGGCCGCUUAGACCUCGCUGCGACGCAGGGGGGUGGGUGGCAUCUGCGGGACGCGAGCGGGGCCGGCUGCUUUUACUAAAAAUGUCCGGCAGGUAGAGACGCUGCAGGACUGAAGCCGCAGACAUGAGCGAGGCAGCAGAGAUACGAGGGCCCACGGCUCGCAGCAGGAGGACGACCAUCUCCGGCAGCGGUGGUGGAGGUGGAGGAGGUGGAGGAGGUGGAGGUGGAGGGGUCUCUACCAAACAAGCCAAUGGAGGGAAGUCCAAAGAUAAACCUGCAAAAGGGCAAGGCAAAGCGGCGGCUGACGGCUCCUCCAACCAUGCCAGUCCCAACGGGAUGAAGCCGCGCUCCCCGCGCAGCAGCAAGAAGCCGCGCUCCGCGCUGGAGGAGAUCCACGACAGACUCAGCUGUCACGUACUACAGGAGUCUCUCCUGAGCUCAGACAGCGGCUACAGCAACUACAGAGGAAUCCUCAACUGGUGUGUUGUCAUGCUGGUGCUUAGUAACGCACGUCUCUUCCUGGAGAACAUUAUAAAGUACGGCAUCUUGGUGGACCCUAUCCAAGUGGUGUCUAUUUUCCUAAAGGACCCCUAUAGCUGGCCUGCAGCUUGCCUCAUCAUUGUGUCCAACGUGUUCAUCUUAGCAACCUUGUUUACGGAGCGGCGGUUGUCUGUGGGUAGGAUCUCUGAAAGAACAGGAUGGAUUGUUCACGUUUUCAACCUGACAUGCUUGUUGGUCUUCCCCUCCGCCACAGUUCUCACUGUGACCUCCAUGACCCCUGUGGGGGGUGUGAUCUCUUUAGGUUACUACACCGUGCUGUUACUCAAGCUGUACUCUUACCAAGACACCAAUAGGUGGUGCAGAGAAAUCCGACAAACCCAAGCCAAAAAACGGACACGAUCAUAUUCAUGUCCUGAUGUGUCGGGGUCUAACGGGGCAGCGGUUUAUUCAAACGUCACCUACCCAGGAAACCUCACACACAGAGACAUAUACUACUUUGUUUUUGCCCCAACUCUCUGCUAUCAGCUCAACUUCCCACGGUCUUCUCGAAUACGCACAAGUUUCCUGAUAAGAAGACUUUUUGAAAUGUUUUUUCUCAUGCAGUUGUUGGUGGGAUUGAUACAGCAGUGGAUGGUUCCCACUAUUCAGAACUCGGUGAAACCAUUCCAGGAAAUGGACUUUUCUCGGAUGGUGGAGCGACUACUGAAACUAGCUGUGCCUAACCAUCUCAUAUGGUUAAUGUUCUUUUAUUGGUUUUUCCACUCUUCUAUGAACUUUGUGGCAGAGCUGCUGAAGUUUGGAGACCGGGAGUUCUACCGGGACUGGUGGAACUCUGAGAGUGUAACAUAUUUCUGGGCCAACUGGAAUGUUCCAGUUCACAAGUGGUGCCUUCGACAUUUCUAUAAGCCAAUGUUAAGGAGGGGAAUCAACAAGUUUUGGGCACAAACGGCUGUCUUCUUGGUUUCUGCCUUCUUUCACGAGUAUCUAGUGAGUGUUCCCCUGAAGAUGUUCCGCCUCUGGGCCUUUAUGGGAAUGAUGGCUCAGGUUCCUCUGGCCUGGUUGGUGGGUCACUACCUGAACGGUAACUACGGCAACGUAGCUGUGUGGAUCUCCCUCAUCAUCGGACAGCCCAUAGCUGUGCUGAUGUACGUCCACGACUACUACAUUAUUCAAUACGGGAGCACCACAUAGCGUUGGAUAAAGACACAGAUUUUCCUACACAAAGACACAACCUGCAGCAAGACCCAGUGACAGUGAAAAGCAACCUUAGGUGAUAAAAACACACGGCUAAAAUAUAGGCCUUUCAGCUUCCACAGUAUGUUGGUAAUUUAUCCUGGAUCUUUUAAACAUAAAGUGUUUGGUUUUAAGUUAUAGUCCACUUUCAUAGGACAUAUAUUUUACACUUCAGUCAGCUUAUGAUGUUGUUAAACCUUUGGACCACCAGCAUCAUCUCUUUGUUGUGUGGGCCUCAAUUCAAACAUUUACACUGCAAAAACUCAAAAUCUUAACAAGAAUAUUUGUCUUAUUUUUAGUUAAAAUGUCUCAUUUUUAGUCAAAAAGUUUCAAGUGAAAAUGUACCUGAAACAGGUGAAAAUUGUCAAAUAAGUUAUUUUUCUGGUAACAACUCUUGUUUUAAGUGUAAUGAGAUUUUUUGACUAAAAAUGAGACAUUUUAACUAGAAAUAAGACAAAUAUUCCUGGUAAGAUUUUGAGUUUUUGCAGUGUAAUCCUUGACAAAGGUGACCAGCUUUCUAUAUUUCUAGGAGGAAGUCAUUCCACAUGUGUGACAAGUUUCUUCACAAAAGCAAAUUAAUUCCAGAAAAAAAAAAUGCAUUUUAAUACAACCCCUAUACUUGAUAUAUUUUAUUUUAAACUCAAUGCAAAAGUUGAAACCCUUGUUGCAACAGUGAUCUUAUCCAGAAUUGUGGAUUUUUUAAAAAUGCACACUAAUCAGGUGCAGCAAAUAUGAACCACUGCCGAGCGAGUACAGGAUAGACCAGGUCCUGCCUGCCUAAAUGAAGUUCAUUUAAUUCCCUCUGUGUGUAUGCCAAGCCAACCUUGUAUUUUAAGUCCAGUUUUGUUUUAUAAGGUAAGGCUUAAAACACUUUCUCCUUUUCAAAUUUCGCCAUACCUUCAAACUGACUUAUUUUUCCUUCCUCUUAUCUGUUUUCUACUCCCUCUUUGGUGCAAUGCAGUAUUAUACAUAUGAAAGAGUGAAUGAGUUCUGAUAAGUAACUUAAGGAACAAGAAUCCAUUUCCAGAAGGGUUGAAGGUUAAAAUGUCGUCACUGUGGCUUUGUUUGUACAGACACGGUCCUCCUUGUUCCAAACACAAUCAAUAAUGUAACAGUACUGACUUCAUGUAUUUAAUUUUUUGGGACUUGUCAUCAGUCUGCACUGUAUUUGAGCUGUCAGAGUAUUUAAUGCUUUAAUUUGUUUGUUUGUGUGUCUGUUUGCAGUAAAUGUGUGCCAUAUUGGUAUUUGUUGUGCUAAGUGAAAUAUUUGAAGUAGUAGGAUUUUCCUAUCUGAACCACUGAAUGUUUUUAUUUACAUUUGUUUUGCACUUCAAAGAUAUGCAUGCUCUUGACUAAAGCAAUAGACUUCUAAGGAUGUAUUUUCUAAAUCAGGUUAAGGAAACAGGUUUUGAUGGAAUAAUGUGUAUGAUUUGCUUGCUUAAAUGAAGUUAUAUUUGCGGAAGAUCAAACGUUAAAAGGUGAUUUAAAUAGCCUCUUAAUUUCAGAGGUUUAACAGUAUUUGGAUUAUUAUGUUUAUUUCCGUCCCCGUUAACGGUUGUCGGCCUGUCACUGAGCAAUUUCAUACAAGAUGUAAUAUUACUUGGUUUUAGGUGAUUUAUUUUUUUUUCUUCAUUUUGAGCCUUUCAUUUAGCAAAUUCUAUUUUUUUUCUUUAUUAAAUCACAUUUCAGGGAGAAGAAAUCACACUAAAUGUGUAUAAAAGACUGUUUUUGAAUUCCUCAGAAAAAUAAGUGCCUGUUGUAAGAAAUGUGUUUUCAUUUCAAAAUAUGUCCAUUUUUAAUUUUUUUUUUUUUAAGAAAGAAAGGUUAGUGCA